AUGUCUUUCUUUCUGGUGAUUGUCAACAUAUUUUUACUUCUUCAUGGUACAGUGUAUGCAGAAGAGUUGCGGGCCCACCCAUUCACUGAUGUUACCCUCUCCUGCCAUUUCUCCUUUGUGAAGGGCACAGAAAAUCUUGAGUUUUCUUGGGAAAGAGAAGACAUCAAAGAGGAAUAUGAGGUAGAGGAUGAUAAAGAAUAUUAUCGCUUUUUCAGAUACUAUGAUUUUUUUGACAUUUUCUCAAAGUUGGUUUACCAGUUUCACAAUAACACAGAACAACUGGAAGAUCAAAACUCCUUGUAUGAGGGAAGAGUCUCUGUGGAUCAGGAUGAAAUUUCUGAGGGGACUCUAUCACUUUUGCUAAGAAAUGUGGAUUUCACAGAUGAAGCUAUCUACAAGUGCUCAGCCAUCACACCAGAUGGAAGAGGCAAAAGUGUAAUUAAGCUAAUAGUAGAAGACUCUGAAAUGCCCCAGGUACAGUUUGACAGGAUUGAUGAUGAGGAUGUGGCCACGUGCAUCUCCAAGGGCUGGUACCUCAUGCCCAGUGUGACCUGGCUGGACCGGGCAGAGAGGGACCUGAGCAACCACAGUACCGUGGAGGUCCUGGAGGAGCAGAUGAACGGCUUCUAUAGGGUGUUCUCUGUCCUAAAAUACCCUGUCAAGUUAAAUGAGAAAUAUGUCUGCCGCAUAAGAGAGACAGAUGUAAACAACCAGCCCUUCAGAAUCAUCCACAAGUACCCGAGGUUAGACCUGGCAGGUACUUUAGCCAUCAUCUUCUACAAACCACAGCAUGUAGGGGUCCAGCCACACCUGCAGUCAAUUAAGCCACAGCUGGAGCAGCCAAAGCAGCCAGGGUGCUGGUGCUUGAAGCACCUUGCCAAAGUGGCCCUAGGCAGCGACCCCUUAGAGGGCUCCUCAAGCCUGUUCCCCAAGAUCAUUUUGUCUCCCUAG